UCUGGGCUAACUUAUGCUUACUCUGUCCUUAUGCACACAGUGUAUCUGCCAACUUACAGAGGCUCUGGCUCUUAGUGGCUAUGGAGGUAUAAACUUGGAAUCCCAGCUGGAAAAUAUUAUAGGCGUGCUGUUCAAACAGCUGAGUGAAACAGUCAAGGACUCAGAUUCUCUCUCUGUACAGAACCACAGCCUUGCCCUGAGGUCUUUCUACAACCUGAUCCAGUUAUACAACGAUCAGGUGAUAUCCUUAAUACGAAAGAACAUGCAAACCAGUGAUCCAGCCAAGAUAGUAUCAGCCCUUCAAGUUUUCAUGCAUGUGUUCCAGGAAGUGCCCCAGACAGAGCAACUGCAGAGUGAAGUGAUGCAUUCAGUGAUAAUCAUGAUCCAGGAGGAUCUCAAACCAGUGCAGAAGGCCCUCCUGAACUUCAUUGAGAUGCUGGGCCAGCAUGACUACUUGGCCUUACCCCAGGGGAACUUCAUCAUCAACUAUGUCAUCAGGCUCAGCGAGUCUGACUGCUCAAAUGAAGAAGACAUCCAAAUUUUGUGUUCCAAAAUCCUACAGAUGGUGUCCUUGCCCAAACUGAUCACCUUGGCGUGCCAACCCAGCAACACCUUGGCCUUUGUGCUGCUGAGUAAGACAGCUACAAAAAUGGCUCUGAGGGCCCGGUCCCGGGGCCAGGUGCCCUACCUCAGCAGCUUCCACCUGAGCCCUACCCAAUUCAUCUCCCCACAGAAACUCCUGAUUCAUCUUGUGGUGCUUUCUGUGAAACCCUAUAGAGAAGGGGAGUUUGGUGUAAGCUCUCUAAGGCUACUAUAUGCCCUGCAUCCUAUCACCUCCUUGCACCCCAUUAUCAACUCGAGCGUGGGCCAGCUGUGGAUGAAGAAGAUCCCCCAGAUGUUGCAGAUACUGGAUGAUCACACUGAGAAGAAUCUGAAUCAGGAGGAGUGGGAGGACAGGCUGCUCCAGUUUUCAAGUCAGUCAUUAGUGGCCAUUGAUGAUGACAGCUGGCUGGAGCAACUCAUCAAGGUUGUCUUGGAGAGGAUAAAUUAUUUCAGCGAUGAUGAGGAGAAGGCUUUUCUAUAUAAAUUCUUUGGAUUCACCCUGCGGACCUCAAGGAAUAUGACACUGAUAAAGAUGAUGAUCUCUUCCAUCCUACAAACUGUCCACGAAGAGCUUCAGGAGAGGGAGGGCAUUGCUGUGGCGCUCAGUAUCGUGUCCAUGAAACAUCUGAAGAUAGUCCUGGACCAACUGCAAGUAUAUAGUGCUGUCCUCACUGACAAGGACUCAUCAUUCAUCCUCAAACUAAUGAAGGAACAUCAGCAAAGGGAAUGGGGGCUGGUCUGUAACAUCAUCUACUUAAGCUACAGCAAGAUUAUUUUAGAGAGCAAGGGAGACAUCUUCACACAUUUAGAUGGCAUCCUGGCCAUGGUCCUGCAACACUACCACAACUGCAUUAUGGAAAAGGAUAAGAACCUGAAACUGGAGUACCUGGAGGCCCUGACCAAGCUAACAAACAUCCUGAGCAGCCACCCCAUGGCCUUUCAAUUCAAGUUCCCUCAGAAACUAGAAAUUGUAACCUUCAUGAUGGAGUUAAUCAGGGAGGAGCCGUUGAAUUCCAUCUCUAGCUCCAUUAGGCUGAAGGCAAUGAACAUCAUUACUGACUUCAGGAAGCUCCAUCCCCUCAUGGAAUUGGAAGAAAGAACAGAGCUACUCCGAACAUGCUAUAAGAGUGUGCUCUGCCUGCCACCCACAGAAGUUUUACAGAAGGAGGCAUCCAGUUUGCAGGAGGCCCAGGCCACUGUGGAUUUGUUCAGGGAGACCCUGCAAUCUCUACUAAGGCUAAUGGAGACACUUACUGUUGAGAUGCCCUCUCGGAUCCAGCACUGCCUAGAGCUUCUGGACACAUGGCUGAAUUCCCAGAAGGACAAUGAGAGGGAACGGGCCAUGUGGUGUACUGCCCGUAUUCUUGGCUUCACUGCAAAAAUGAACAACUUUGGAAUGGAUAUCGAGUUCAGUCGGUUGGGACGUUUAGUAAGGCUGUUGGCUCUACGCUGCCAGGACCCAGUGGACAACAUUUGCUUCCUGUCUGCGCAGGCUGUCUACAGCCUCUACUGUAUCCUCCUGCUGCAAAAACAGAUGGGAAGGAAAAAACAGGGCUUAUGGGAAGAAGAAGGCAAGAAUGAAGUCUAUAGUGCCAACGUGUUCUAUAACAACACCUUUGAGAUUGCCAAGCCCUUCUGUCCCAGCACUCUGCCUCUGCAGCCUCUGACCUGCGAGCCCCUCAGUGCAUCUGAGGCAUUUGCAGAGUACUUCACCCAGAUGCAGCUCACCACCCUGGUGCUGACAGCCAUGGAGGGCCUGACUGACAGCAGGGCCAAGGUGUCUCUGGCAGCAGCCCAGCUGAUGAGUGCUGUCAUGAAAGAGCGGGGCCGAGACAUGAUAAAGAUUGAGGAAGUUGUGGAGGGGAUUCUGGAACGGCUCAACUCACAACUGGAGCCCAACACAAAGGAGGAGACUGUGCGGGCCAUGUGCUUGCUGGCCGGCAACAACACUCACACUGUCGUGCCUAUGCUGCUCAACAAGACCCUGCCUUGGGAUAGAACCAAUCUGGCCCUGUGGAAAGCAUUUGGCAACCAGCGAGAGACCACAAUCAGUGUCCUGCAGCUGCUCAUUGGCAUCCUAGAAAGACUCCACUCCAAAGAGGAAACUAAGGAGAUGGCCUUCCAGCCGGUGGCGGUGACAUGUGCUUUGUAUGAGAUGCUGUCAGGGUCCCUGUGCCAGGAAGCUGUCCAGGAGCUCUACCCUCGGCUUUUGCUGGCUAUACUGUGUCAUCUCUACUGGGUGAUUGAGCAAAAUGUCCCUCAGAAGAUGGUGGUCUACAGCAAGGAGGGGGGCCCAGGUAGCAAGAGCAAGCCCUUUGACCCCACUAGUUGUGCCCUGGAGGUAGUAAAGUUGGUGUUCUCAGCCGCUGCGUAUGAUGGAGUGGUGGUCUAUGGAGAUCAGCAUUGUUGCUGGGACCUUCUGUCCUGCCCCAGAUUUUACUACAUAGGGAUCAUGAACCUGACAAGUGGCAUUGUGAAGACCUGUGAACCUGCCAUGCUGCACCGAAUCCUCAACCUUGUCAGAAGCCUCCUCUAUAGCUCCAGCUAUCAUUGGAAAAUCCUGGCCAGGGCCUUCUAUGCACAGCUCCUCUGGCACCGAUCAGUGGCUCAGACCCUGGGGCAAGACUUUUUGGUCAAUCUAAUCAAGUGGGUCAAAGAGCCCAACCUCAUUAUGAAGGAAGUUGGGCUUCGCGGAAUCAGUAACCUGGCACUGCACCCAGGACAAGCAGAAUCUCUGAAGGGCCAGGUUCCAUUCUUGAAAGACUUGCUGAAGAAUGAGGCACGAGUGACAGUGCAGGCAGUAAAGAGCCUACGGAACAUCAUCUGUCAUGGGAAGGGAGAGGACAUCAAGGUGGUCUUUUGCAGCAUCUCCAAGCAACUUUGUCCACUCAUCAAUGAUGAGAGGGACCAGGUGAAGAUCUCGGCCACCUCUGCCCUGAGCCACAUGUUGCGUCACAUUGACAAAUUCAAGCCUAGGCUUACCACCCGAAGAGAGAUCUACACUUUUCUAGUCCCGCUGCUACUUAGCAUUCAGGAUAACAACACUGAAGUAGUCAAGGCCUGUGGAAGGGCCCUGACAGAGUGGACUAAUGUGAUUGGCUGGUCAUCACUCACCCAGACAUUCCGGCAUACCACCCUCAGUGAUCACAUCCAGGUAUUGGAAGAAACGUGCAAGUACCUGGUGAACACAAGCAAAACACAGCUUGUGGGCGAUUUACUGUUCCAGAGCUUUGGCUUCCUGAAGAGCUCUCAGUCCUUUCUAAGGGCAGCUGCCAUCAACUUCAUAGCAUUAACAGUUAAGAAGCUAAACAUGAAUCAAAUACAUGAGGAUGACGUGGAGCUAUUACAGAAUGUUUGCUUCCUUUGAUACAGAGACCAAAUGGAAAGAAUGUUGGUUUUUGUAGUCCUGCCCUGGAUGCCGGUCCUUUUGUGUAUAAGAGUGGCUACGUGGGCAGCCUGGGUGGCUCAGCAGUUUAGUGCCGACUUCAGCCCAGGGCCUGAUCCUAGAGACCUGGGAUCGAGUCCUGCGUCGGGCUCCCUGCAUGGAACCUGCUUCUCCUUCUUCCUGUGUCUCUGCCUUUCUUUCUCUGUGUUUCUCUCAUGAAUAAAUAAAUAAAAUCUUAAAGAUAAAGAAGAGUGGCCAUGUAUGUCAGAAAGACCUGGCAUGAGGGCCAUAGCUUUGCUUUUAAAGUUCUGGACCUUCACAUGUUUGUCCUCAGGGACUUGCCUUCUGGUUGGAGCCCCCUUCCUUUCCUGGCACCUGCUACAAGCUAAUAUGCUGGAUAUGCUGCCUUUGAAGGAAUGGUAGCUUCAUAUUUCAGAGGAAAUGCCCAGCAGACAACUAGAGAUAGACAUAAAUCCUUUAUGAUUUAUUACAGCUUUUUGUCUUGAGAAGAAAAAGUGGUGAAGUAAAUGACUUUUAAGGGUCCUUUCUUCCAAGUCAGUGUGUAAUGAACAUGGUCUCCAGUGUCAGCUGGCCAGGUCUGCAAUACUAGCUGUCUCCAUAAUGAGCCCUGUGAACUUGGGCAAGUCACUGCUGCUGGGCUUCAGUUUCUUCAUCUGUAUCAUGAGGAUAUUGUUUAAGUAUCUGAUACAAAUGCAUGUAAAGUGGGGUGCUCUGCUUGCCACAGAGGUGUCCCACAGAAGCUUUGCAUUGAGUUGAUGCAGGCUUCUGAGUGAAGAUGGGGCAAGGUGCCCAAAGUGACAGGUAGGGAAUGUGCUUAGUGCUCUGGUCAAGGAAGAAUGAAUUUGUUAGCUGCUGUGGAGAGUAGCCGGGCUCUCUCCGGCUCUCCAGUGACUAGCUGGCAGCAUCUGUCCUCUUAGGGUUCUAACCCUGGCUUCUGACCUUGACAUUUUGUGCCUCUGUUGUCUUCUUGUUUUUUACAACUGAAAUCUCUACUGGGUAGUAGACCCCUCCUCCUGGCGACUGGAGUAUUUUAGGGAAAGUAUUCUAGAAUGAAAUAGACUCCUCAGUAUACCAGAGAAUUCACCUUGCCUUCCUCAUCCCAUCCAGCCUCCAAGAAAGAUUGCCUAGGAUUGCCUAGACAGGAGGAACUUUUUCUCAAAGAAAGUCAUUCCAGUUACAUUUUAAACCCAUAUCCAGUGCCCUACGAGCCUUGUGGUCAAGAAACGGUUCUUCUCUGGAUUUACACGUGUUGUGUAGCUGAUGCUCAUGUCUUUGUUCUGUUCCAAGCAAGUAUAAAUGAGAUCAACACGAAGCUGUAGACUUUGGUGGGCUUGAAGGCCCUUUUGAGGCAAGAUUCUUCCUGUUUAUCUUUUAGAUGCUAAGCAAUUUUCUGUCUCCAUCCUUCUGUUCCCACCUGAAUCUAAGCCCCAGCUGGAUGGUUUUAACAACCCCCUCACCUGCUGUUUCUCUACACCUCUCUACACAGAGGCCAGAUUCUCUUUGAAAUGUGUACACUGAAUCAUGUCACCCCUGGCUUAAAACCCUUCACUAGCUUUCUGCGGUUCCCUUACCCUUGGGACAAAGGGACACAGGCCCUGAGUUGGCUUCAGACUAUUUCUUUACCCUAAGCUUAGAGUACCUCACCCCUCACUAGAAGCUGUAGUCACACUGGUUACUUUCUACACUGUGAAGAGGUACCCUCUCCCUGACCUUUGGGAAUGCUUCUGCCCCUGUUAUGUGGCUUCCUACAUGUUAGCUCACAUGUCACCUUCUCUGACAGGCAUUCUCUGACUGGCCUAUCUAGAGAUCCUUUCCGGUUACUCACCACCAUAAUCUGCUAAAUUUCCUUCUUUGUACUUUAUUUAUGUUUACUUGUUUGCUUUGUCUUUUCUCUCCUAGAAUGUUAAGUUCUUGAGGGUGGGGAGUAUAUCUUGUUCACCACUGCAUCCCAGCACCUAGCAUAGUGGCUGGGGACAGUUAGUGCCUGAUAAUCACUGUUGAAUGAAUUAAUGAUUAUUUAUAACAGUGAAAAAUCGCAAACAACCUAAUUAUUCACUAAUAAAGAGCUCAUCAAAGACAUUAUGAUAGAGUCACGUGAUUAGAUAUUAUAUUGCACAGAGGAAAAUUUUAUGGGAAGAAAAAACUGAAUCUUAUUUUUGUAAAAAAAAAAAAAAGUGUCCAUAUUCAGUAUUAAAAAAAUACUGCAGGUGAGCCUGGCUGGCUCAGUCAGUAGAGCAUGAGACUCUUGAUCUCGGGGUUGUGAGUCUGAGCCCCACAUUGGGCAUAGAGAUUACUUAAAAAUGUAUAUACUGGUAUGAAAUUUCGAUUGGUAUGAAAAUAUUAAUAGUAUUAUUUCAGGUGGAUAAGUUAUUUUUCUUUGUUUCCUGUUAAAAGAAUGAUUUCUAUGUAAACAUUUUUCUAGAGUAAAACAAGUAUUACUUUUAUAGUGACAACGAUUAUUCUAAAUGAAGUUAUAUAAUAAUAAUCUGGUAUGUGAGGUAGAGAAUAAUGGGGUUUGGGUAGAUGGUCCUUGGAGAUCAAGAGUCUGA